UUCUUCUCUUAUCCGUGUUUUUUUUUUCCAACUCCCACGGCGGCCUCUCCAAGUCGGGACUAGGCUCUCUCCUCGAUCCUCCCAAAUUAGAGGGGUUUCGGGGGCAGAAUCGGGGCCACACUUUCCCCUUAACCCUUCCCACCCCCCAAUCCUUAGCCGGGCCGUAUAUCUGCCAAGAGCGGCGCGCAAUUGGCUUGCCCUUCUCUCCCCCUUUGUGCGGGGUGGGGGCAGGCAGGAGACGCCUUUUUGCCUUGCGUGCCCUUCCUGAGCAUUACGGGCCCCCCUCUCUUUCUCCGGCGGAGGAGGAGGAGGAGAGAAGCGCCUUCGCAGAGCCAUGGCCGAGCGCCGCGCCUUCGCCCAGAAGAUCAGCAGAACGGUGGCAGCUGAAGUUCGGAAGCAGAUUUCAGGACAGUAUGGGGGAUCACCGCAGCUUCUUAAGAAUCUUAAUAUUGGUGGCAGCAUUUCUCAUCAUACAACUGUGCCCCUUACUGAGCCAGUAGAUCCAGUGGAUAUGGAAGAUUACCUUUUUACACAUCCACUUGCAAUGGAAUCUGGUCCUUUGAGAGACUUGCUUGAAUUCCCAGCUGAUGAUAUUGAAGUCAUUUACAGCCCUAGGGAAUGCAGGACUCUAGUAUCAGCUGUACCGGAAGAGAGUGAAAUGGACCCCCAUGUGAGGGAUUGUGUAAGAAGCUAUACAGAAGAUUGGGCCAUUGUGAACAGAAAAUAUCACAAACUGGGAACAGGAUUUAACCCAAAUACAUUAGACAAGCAGAAGGAGAGGCAGAAAGGACUUCCCAAACAGAUCUUUGAGUCUGAUGAAGCUCCAGAUGGCAACAGUUACCAGGACGAACAAGAUGACCUUAAAAGACGAUCCAUGUCAAUAGAUGACACACCCCGGGGCAGCUGGGCUUGCAGUAUAUUUGACCUCAAGAAUUCCCUCCCAGACUCUUUGCUGCCAAAUCUUCUGGACAGAACGCCAAAUGAAGAAAUUGACCAUCAGAAUGAUGAUCAGAGGAAGUCCAACAGACACAAGGAGCUUUUUGCAUUGCACCCAGCUCCAGAUGAGGAUGAGCCAAUAGAAAGGCUGGGCAUCCCUGAAGUCCCCAAGGAACACUUUGGUCAGAGGCUUCUUGUGAAAUGUUUGUCUUUAAAGUUUGAAAUUGAAAUCGAACCUAUUUUUGCAAGUUUAGCUUUAUAUGAUGUAAAAGAAAAGAAAAAGAUUUCAGAGAACUUCUAUUUUGAUUUAAAUUCAGAACAAAUGAAAGGCAUGUUGCGUCCCCAUGUUCCACCUGCUGCCAUAACCACAUUGGCUCGGUCAGCUAUUUUUUCUAUUACAUAUCCCUCUCAAGAUGUCUUCUUAGUAAUCAAGCUGGAAAAAGUAUUACAGCAGGGAGAUAUUGGGGAGUGUGCAGAGCCAUAUAUGAUUUUAAAAGAAGCAGACACUGCAAAGAACAAAGAAAAGCUAGAAAAACUGAGAAGCCAGUCAGAGCAGUUUUGCCAAAGGCUUGGCAGAUAUCGCAUGCCUUUUGCAUGGACAGCCAUUCAUUUAAUGAAUAUAGUCAGCAGCGCUGGAAGUUUGGAGAGAGACUCUACAGAAGUGGAAAUUCCCACAGGAGAGCGCAAAGGAUCUUGGUCAGAGAGAAGGAAUUCUAGCAUCGUUGGCAGACGUUCCUUGGAAAGGACCACUAGUGGGGAUGAAGCCUGCAACUUGACUAACUUCAGACCAGCAACUCUCACAGUGACAAACUUCUUUAAACAGGAGGGUGACCGUCUGAGUGAUGAGGACUUGUACAAGUUUCUUGCAGAUAUGAGAAGGCCAUCUUCUGUUCUACGGAGGCUGAGACCUAUUACAGCUCAGUUGAAGAUAGAUAUUUCUCCAGCUCCAGAGAACCCACAUUACUGUUUAACUCCAGACCUGUUACAAGUAAAACUUUACCCUGAUAGCAGAGUUCGACCAACCAGAGAGAUCCUUGAGUUUCCUGCAAAGGAUGUUUAUGUGCCAAAUACAACAUACAGAAAUCUUCUCUACGUCUACCCUCAAAGCCUUAAUUUUGCCAACCGUCAAGGAUCUGCUCGGAAUAUCACUGUGAAAGUCCAGUUUAUGUUUGGAGAGGAUCCAAGCAAUGCAAUGCCGGUAAUCUUUGGGAAAUCCAGCUGUGCUGAAUUUUCAAAAGACGCAUACACAGCGGUUGUUUAUCAUAACAGAUCUCCGGAUUUUCAUGAAGAGAUUAAGAUAAAGCUCCCUGCAACAUUAACUGACCAUCACCACCUGCUUUUUACUUUUUAUCAUGUCAGUUGCCAACAAAAGCAAAACACCCCUCUUGAAACUCCUGUUGGAUACACGUGGAUACCCAUGCUCCAGAAUGGACGGUUAAAGACUGGUCAGUUCUGCCUCCCUGUUUCCCUGGAGAAGCCACCACAAGCUUAUUCUGUGCUCUCACCAGAGGUACAACUUCCUGGAAUGAAGUGGGUGGAUAACCAUAAAGGAGUUUUCAAUGUAGAAAUCAUUUCUGUAUCAACCAUCCAUACACAGGAUCCUUACCUCGAUAAGUUCUUUGCGCUUGUGCAUGCCCUGGAUGAACAUAUGUUCCCUGUACGGAUUGGUGACAUGAGAAUAAUGGAAAACAACUUGGAAAAUGAAUUAAAGGGCAGUAUUUCAGCUUUGAGUUCAUCCCAACUGGAGCCUGUGGUGCGAUUUCUUCAUCUCCUGCUUGACAAACUGAUCCUUUUGGUUAUACGACCUCCUAUCAUUGCAGGCCAAAUAGUUAAUCUGGGACAAGCAUCUUUUGAAGCCAUGGCCUCUAUUGUUAAUAGGCUGCACAAAAACCUAGAAGGAAACCAAGACCAGCAUGGCAGGAACAGUCUUCUCACGUCAUAUAUUUAUUAUGUUUUUCGUUUACCGAACACCUCUUCCAAUUCCCCAUCACCAGGCCCUAGUGGUUUAGGAGGUUCAGUACAUUAUGCUACCAUGGCUCGUUCAGCCAUCAGGCCAGCGAGCCUGAAUUUAAAUCGCUCCAGGAGCCUCAGUAAUAGCAACCCCGAUAUAUCUGGGACUCCAACUUCACCUGAUGAUGAAGUACGGUCAAUCAUUGCUAGUAAGGGUUUGGAUCGCUCCAACUCCUGGGUAAACACUGGUGCUCCAAAAGCCACCCCAUGGGGAUCCAACCCCAGUCCAAGUGCAGAGGCUACACAGGCUACAGAUCGAAGUUGUAAUCGUAUGUCUUCGCACACAGAGACGUCAAGUUUCUUACAAACAUUAACAGGACGAUUACCAACUAAAAAGCUUUUUCAUGAGGAACUGGCCCUACAGUGGGUUGUGUGCAGUGGAAGUGUACGGGAGACAGCCCUUCAACAGGCAUGGUUCUUCUUCGAACUUAUGGUGAAAAGUAUGGUACAUCAUUUGUAUUUUGCUGACAAACUCGAUGCGCCAAGGAAGAAUCGUUUUCCAGAACGCUUCAUGGAUGACAUAGCUGCUCUGGUCAGCACAAUUGCCAGUGAUAUAGUCUCCCGGUUUCAGAAGGAUACAGAAAUGAUUGAAAGACUUAACACAAGUUUAGCCUUCUUUCUCAAUGAUCUGUUGUCUGUCAUGGACAGAGGAUUUGUGUUUAUGCUUGUUAAGGCUUAUUACAAACAGGUGUCAUCCAAGCUUUAUUCCUUACCAAAUCCAAGCACUCUUGUGUCCUUGAGGUUGGAUUUCCUUCGGAUUGUUUGUAGCCAUGAGCACUAUGUCACUCUGAAUUUGCCAUGCAGUCUGCUGACACCCCCUGCAUCCCCUUCCCCAUCGGUGUCCUCAGCAACAUCUCAGAGUUCUGGAUUCUCAACAAAUGUUCAGGAUCAAAAGAUUGCAAAUAUGUUUGAACUGUCUGUGCCUUUCCGCCAGCAGCACUACUUGGCGGGCCUUGUGCUUACUGAGUUGGCUGUCAUUUUAGAUCCGGAUGCAGAUGGUUUGUUUGGAUUGCACAAGAAAGUCAUCAGUAUGGUACACAACUUGCUAUCUAGCCAUGACUCCGACCCACGGUACUCUGACCCUCAGGUGAAAGCCAGGGUGGCUACACUGUACCUGCCUCUGAUUGGAGUAAUCAUGGAAAGUGUGCCCCAGCUGUAUGAUUUUACAGAAAGUCACAACCAGCGUGGAAGGCCCAGCUGUACCGCAGCAGAGGACUAUGAAAAUGAAGGUGGGAGCAUGAUAAGCCAGACGGUCGCCAUGGCCAUCGCAGGAACCCCUGUCCCACAGCUCACCCGGCCCAGCAGUUUUCUUCUCACGUCAUCGACCACCAGGCAGCAUUCCACCUUUUCAGCGGAGUCAAGUCGGAACCUCCUGAUCUGUCUCUUGUGGGUACUGAAGAAUGCUGAUGAAGGUGUCCUUCAGAAAUGGUUCACAGACCUCUCUGUACUGCAGCUUAAUCGCUUGUUGGAUUUGCUAUAUCUCUGUGUUUCUUGCUUUGAAUACAAGGGUAAAAAAGUGUUUGAAAGAAUGAACAGUCUGACAUUUAAGAAAUCAAAAGAUAUGAGGGCCAAACUUGAGGAAGCCAUAUUGGGGAGCAUCGGGGCAAGACAAGAAAUGGUGCGACGAAGCAGAGGGCAGCUGGAAAGAAGUCCUUCGGGGAGUGCAUUUGGAAGUCAAGAGAACCUGCGGUGGAGAAAGGAUAUGACUCAUUGGCGGCAAAACACAGAAAAACUUGACAAAAGUCACAAACCAACCAGAUCACGGGCAGAGAUUGAACAUGAAGCCCUUAUUGAUGGCAACUUGGCAACUGAAGCAAAUCUGAUUAUUUUGGACACUUUAGAGAUAGUAGUUCAGACCGUCUCUGUGACUGAAUCCAAAGAAAGUAUCCUCGGUGGAGUAUUGAAGGUCCUUUUGCAUAGCAUGGCCUGCAAUCAAAGCGCUCUUUACUUGCAACACUGUUUUGCUACUCAAAGAGCCUUGGUCUCAAAGUUCCCAGAGCUGCUGUUUGAAGAAGAGACUGAGCAGUGUGCUGAUUUAUGCCUUCGACUCCUGCGCCAUUGUAGCAGCAGCAUUGGCACCAUACGGUCACAUGCUAGUGCUUCACUGUACCUGCUUAUGAGGCAAAACUUUGAGAUUGGGAAUAACUUUGCCAGAGUUAAAAUGCAGGUGACAAUGUCACUCUCUUCCCUAGUGGGGACAUCUCAGAAUUUUAAUGAGGAGUUUCUGAGGCGUUCUCUGAAGACCAUCUUGACCUAUGCGGAAGAGGACCUCGAAUUAAGGGAGACAACAUUCCCUGAUCAGGUCCAGGAUCUUGUUUUCAACCUCCAUAUGAUCCUUUCUGACACUGUUAAAAUGAAGGAGCACCAAGAAGAUCCAGAGAUGCUGAUCGACUUGAUGUACAGAAUUGCAAAAGGUUACCAGAAUUCGCCAGACUUGCGACUAACCUGGCUGCAGAACAUGGCUGGGAAACAUUCAGAGAGGAGCAAUCAUGCAGAAUCUGCACAGUGUUUGGUCCACUCGGCAGCACUUGUUGCUGAAUACUUAAGCAUGCUUGAAGAUCGAAAAUAUCUCCCUGUUGGGUGUGUUACAUUUCAGAACAUCUCUUCAAAUGUUCUAGAAGAAUCUGCAGUGUCUGAUGAUGUUGUGUCACCAGAUGAAGAAGGGAUUUGCUCUGGAAAGUAUUUUACUGAAGCAGGUCUGGUUGGAUUGCUGGAGCAAGCUGCGGCCUCUUUCUCUAUGGCUGGUAUGUAUGAAGCAGUCAACGAAGUUUACAAAAUCCUCAUUCCAAUUCAUGAAGCGAACAGGGAUGCCAAGAAACUGGCCACAAUUCAUGGUAAACUCCAGGAGGCAUUCAGCAAAAUAGUUCAUCAGAGUACUGGCUGGGAGGAUGGAAAGCGGAUGUUUGGUACAUACUUCCGUGUAGGCUUUUAUGGGACUAAAUUUGGAGACCUUGACGAACAAGAGUUUGUGUACAAAGAACCAGCAAUAACAAAAUUGGCUGAAAUUUCCCAUCGACUGGAGGGAUUUUAUGGAGAACGGUUUGGUGAAGAUGUUGUGGAAGUGAUUAAGGAUUCCAAUCCUGUUGACAAAUGUAAAUUAGAUGCUAACAAGGCCUUUAUACAAAUAACCUAUGUGGAGCCUUACUUUGACACAUAUGAAAUGAAGGACAGAAUCACCUAUUUUGACAAAAACUACAAUUUGCGGCGAUUCAUGUACUGUACCCCCUUCACUCUGGAUGGCAGAGCCCAUGGGGAGCUGCAUGAGCAGUUCAAGAGGAAAACCAUCUUAACGACUUCACAUGCUUUCCCUUAUAUUAAAACCAGGAUAAAUGUCAUUCACAAGGAGGAGAUCAUUCUGACACCAAUUGAAGUUGCCAUUGAGGAUAUGCAGAAAAAGACCCAAGAGUUAGCCUUUGCAACCCAUCAAGAUCCAGCAGACCCAAAGAUGCUCCAGAUGGUGCUACAGGGUUCAGUUGGCACAACAGUAAAUCAGGGACCACUAGAGGUUGCACAGGUUUUCUUGUCUGAAAUACCCAAUGAUCCUAAACUCUUCCGUCACCAUAACAAACUGCGGCUUUGUUUUAAAGACUUUACAAAGAGGUGUGAAGAUGCUCUGCGCAAGAACAAAAGCCUGAUUGGCCCAGACCAAAAAGAGUAUCAGAGAGAGCUGGAAAGAAAUUACCACCGUUUAAAGGAAGCACUACAACCCCUGAUCAAUAGAAAAAUCCCCCAAUUAUACAAGGCUGUACUUCCAGCUGCUUGCCACAGAGAUUCCUUCAGCAGAUUGAGCCUUCGCAAAAUGGACCUUUAAGCACCUCAAAAGCACUUAGGGUUUUUAAGGUACUGAGCAAGAAAGUGCAGUGUUAUCAACAUCUGGAAUUUUUUUUAAAGUUUUAUUUGAAAAUAAAGCUUUGGACUUCAUUCUGGACACCUUGAACUCUAGCUUACAUGGAAGUUUUAAGUGGCCAAAUUUUCCUUCUCAAUUGUCAAAUAUAGACUUUUUACGGAUUAAAAAAACCUGUGGUAAUAGUAUGCAAAGUACUGGUGGGAUUGUCAACACACCUGUUUUAUAAACUGUUUUUUAAAUAUUUGAAGGUACUCUAAAUGCAUCAAACAUUAUUUAUAGCAUUCCUUAAUUUUAAAUUUGCGGAUUUUUUUAGUUCAUAUAUUUAAUUUAUAUUAGGAGCAGAUGCAUUCAACCCAUUUCUCGUGUAGUGUUUAUUUUAAUGGUACCAUUAAAUAUUGAAUGUUUACACUU